AUGGCAGCAGAGGCAAUACCUCCGCCCUACGUUAUCACGGCACAUGAUAAGCGUGGCCUAAUCGUCGUUACUGGCGCUGUGGUGCUCGCCUUCGUGUGGUCGUGUUUCUCGAUCCGAAUAUGGCUGCGAUUAAAGUCAAGGGAGUGGAGAUCCGAUGAUUGGUGGCUGGCAGCGGCAACGAUACUAGACACGGUGCAGACAGCAGUCAUCUUCCACCUAGUUGACCUUGGUCUUGGGGCAUCUCAGGACGGUCUAUCGUCAUCGCAACUGGAACGAAUUGGAAAGGAAGGCUUCACGACUCAGAUUCUAUACAUCCUCGUACUAUUAGCCUCAAAGUUGUCGGUGCUAUUUCUCUAUCUACGCCUGUCGCCCGGAGGAUCACACCGCCUUGCAACAUGGUCACUUGCAGCGCUUUCAGGCCAUACACGCAGUCGGCUGAUUGUUCCAACAGGGUAUACCCCACAGUAUCUCGACUUCUUCGGAGCCCUCAUUGACCAACUGCAGUGGCCGAAAUGGCAGGCCGUAGCCGCCUUGGACAUAUUCACGGAAUGUCUCAUCUUCAUGAUCGCAAUACAACUAGUCUACUCCCUGCAUAUGCAUUUCUUCGCAAAAUUUCUCGUCGUCAUGGCGUUCGGCGCCCGUCUUCCCGUCAUAGCUAUUGCUGCCAUACGACUCUACUACAUGAACGGGCGGAUUCGCGGCUCAAGUUAUACAUUCGAGUUUAUAGUAGCUACACAAUGGCAGAUGGGUUACGCCAUCAUGAGUAGCACCAUCACAGGCAUGGCGCCGUUUUUGAAACCCUUCGACAGCAACUAUGUGGCCAGCUACAAACACUCGGAUCAGAGCACCCAUAACAGACACACUGUACCAAACAGUUCGAUGGACACUUCAGUCCUCCCUCCCCGGCGGAAGAUGUCUUCAGGCGGUCUUUCAGAAUCCUACUUGAUGGAAACGCUGCCGAGUAGGAGAGGAAGCAAACAGACACUACCCGAGCGCCACAGCUCCUUGGAACACAUACGAUCAACUUCAACAUCACGAGCAGCGCAGUCUGCCACAAUGACGGCAGACGAGCAAUUCUGUCCUACACACCGGUACAGAGGCCACGAGACAGAGGUAUGGGUUGGAGAAAGAAGCCUUAGUAUGACCCAACAGGAAAUGAUGCAGGGAGCAUCGAGUGGCAAUAAGAGACAGAAGCUGGUAAUUGGAAAGAAGAAGGAAUUCAAGAUCGAGGUGGAUCGUGUGAGUCGCGACUUUUAG